CGGCGGAAAUGCGGGAGGAAGAGGAGGGAGAGGAGGAGCAGGAGGGGGAGAAUCGCGGCGCUCGCAGCGCCCGCUCGCCGAGCCUGCAGCACCCCCUGCCCCGGGAGCAUCGCCCCCAUUCCCGAGCCGCAGGAUUUCCCAUUCCCAAACCUUGGCUGGAUGGAAGAGGAGAAGGCUGCAAGGAAGAGGAAGAUGCCCCGGGACAGCCAGGCGGGGAAGGAGCUGAGGAUGGAGAGCAGGGAGGACAAAUGCCUGUGGCAGAACAUGGUGGAAGAGGCCAUUUUGGGUGGCUUCACAGUGCAGGAAUCCAACAGGGAGGAAAAUCCCCAGAGAUUCCACAGGAAGAGGGACUGCAAACCCAGCCCAGGGUGCUCUGAGGAGGAAAGACCCAGCCUGAGCCAGGAAGGUGGACAGAGCUUCAGCCAGAACUCUGAGCUGGUGGCCCAUGAGCAGCUUUAUGACAGCAAGAGACCCUAUGAGUGCUUGGAGUGUGGGAAGAGCUUCAGGAAGAGAUUCAACCUGAUCUGCCACCAGAGGAUCCACACUGGGGAACGGCCCUACGCGUGCUCGGAAUGUGGGAUGAACUUCAGCCACAGGUCUGAUCUGGUUGUCCACCAGAGGUUCCACACUGGGGAGAGGCCCUACGAGUGUCCCCAGUGUCAGAAGAGGUUUCACACCAGCACCCACCUCCUCGUACAUGAGCGGAUUCACACAGAUGAGAGGCCCUUCCGCUGCCCUGACUGCGGGAUGGGCUUCAGGCACAACUCUACCCUCGUCACCCACCGGCGCAUCCACACUGGGGAGAGGCCCUACGAGUGUCCCCAGUGUGGGAAAAGCUUCUCAGAUCGCUCGUUCUUUACCCGACACCAACGGAGGCACCGAACCUUUCCUGGAGAAUGAGGUCGAGCUCCUGUCACAAGAUGUGGCACCACCUGCAGCUUCUCUUGGCUUUCCACACUGCGCAUGCAGCAGGACUCUUGCAGCAAAGCAAGACACAUGUUUGGAGAACUUGACAACUUGACUUUUCUUUUGCUGGUGGACUUGGGAGUUGUGCCAUUGGUGAGGUUUUCAUUGUUACUGUUCCAAGCUGAGAAAACAGGAGGUGGUACCAGGAAUUGUUAGGGAGUACAAGCCUGGCUAAAUGCAGAUGAAGAAUCUCCAGAGCCUGCAGCCACAAGUGGAGAGUUGUGUGAUGAUCAUUCCAACCUGUCAUUGGAAAUCUUGACAAUUAUCUGGAAUGUGAACAUGCUCUGACAGAGGGAAUUGGUUUCUGAAUUCAGUGUGGAUGAUUCCACAUCUGGUGCAUAAAUCAAGAGCACAAUCAGUUCAUUAUCAGCACCAGAACAAGCUGGACCUCAGAGUAGCUGACUGAAAUAAUCUGGAAAGGAGAAAUGCAGGGAAUGACCUGGUGAACCUUGCCUGGAAGAAGGAUGAUCUUUUUCUAAUAAUUACUAAUCCAUUCACUCGUAUUUUGGCUUUCUUAGCAAGGCCAUUUGCAUCCCAGAUUCCCCAGGAAGUGCAAAGUCUGAGCUUGUGCAAGGGGCUGAAAGAUGUCCUGUUCCUCUGCAGGGACACUCAGGCUGGAACAGGAGCCGGAGCCCUCUCUGGGGAAGCCUCCUCUGAGCUGGAAUUUGUGUCGUGCUGGGAGAGGAGGAGGAGGGGGAGAAGGCUGGCGCUGUGUGGCAGGAGCAGGAGGUUUGGGCCGCAGGGCAUUCCGUCUGCGCCGCUGCCCCGCAAUGGGAGGCCGUGCCUGGGGCUCUGGGCCUGGGCCCGUGUGUGCUGAGCUCCCUGGGCUGGGCUCAGGUUCCCGCUGGGACUGGGCAGAGCCUGGGCUCAAACUGGGGGCAGCAGCAGUGCAAAACACCUCUGGACAUCUGCGUUUCCUGCUGCUGGGAAGGAGCAAUGAAGCGAGUUGAGAAGCUCUGGUUUCUGCUUCUCCUGGUGGAUUUUUUAAUUUAAUUCCACACUGUGGAGGCAAAGUCUGUGAAGCCUCUGUUAGCUUACUCUAUUUCAACAAUGCUAGCAACAGAGCUCUGUUUGAGUGCUGCAAAUGUGGCCUGUGAGGCUUUAAUUCUCCUCAUCUUAGUGUUCAGGGGCUGAUGAGCAUUCCAGUAUCUGCUCAUCUUUAUGCCUGUGACAAAAACACUGACUUCACUGUCAUGAAAGCACUGUGGGUAGCACCAACUGAAAGAGGCACUUACAGUUUUAUGGAUAAAAUUCAGGUGGCAAGCAGAAGAGGGCCAAGAGCAGCCAUGAUCUGUAAUUCCCAAGAAAAGGCACCAGCAGCCUCCUGCUGUCACCUCAGGGUGAGUCAAACAGAGCUGGAAACAGUGCUGGAACCCAAUCCUUUCUUCCUCUGAGGGCUGGCUCAGGGCAGCACAGGCGGGCCCUGAGCAGUCAGGGCUGUGUGUGGGUGAUUGCUGCUCUGCUCCAGAAUUGAGCUGGAAAAAGCCCUUGGGAGCCGAGGCAGGAGCAUAUGUGUGUGUGUGUCUCUGUGUGUCUGUGUGUGUGGGUGUGUCUGUGUCUGUGUCUACGUGUCUGUGUGUGUCUCUGUGUGUGUGUAUGUGUCUAUGUGUGUGUGUCUGUGUGUCUGUGUGUAUGUGUGUCUGUGUCUGUGUGUCUGCUUUCUGUCUGAGCUGGUGCUCUCAUGGCUCCUGCCCAUUGGCACAAGGUUGUGUCCACCACCACCAUGGACCACAACAAUGACUCCUUUUCUUCAUUUACUCUGUGGUGUAAAUGAACUAUUCUGUCUGAUCAUGAUCAGAAAAAAUCAGAGCUAUAUUUAUAUAAAUUUAUCUGGUAUUCAAUCUUUAAUCCUGUAGGACAAAUUGUGUAAAAGUUCAAUUCCACCUGUCCAAUCUUUUACACCUUUGACAAAGACUGGGGCUGGGAUUGGAUCCAGCUGCUCCCAGUCUCCUCUUUUAAACGGAAUUUUAGAAGUCUAGGGGUCCUCCAGGGGGGGAUCCAUGGUGGCUAUUGGGUGUCAUUUCUUCAUCUCAUGACUCAGCAGGAGUUUCUCCAAUAAAGAAAUAAAGCUUUUGUCUGAA